AUGGGUAUUUCUGAUAAUGAUGUUCAAAAACAAUUACGCCACAUGAUGGCAUUUAUUGAGCAAGAAGCUAAUGAAAAAGCUGAAGAAAUUGAUGCUAAAGCUGAGGAAGAAUUUAAUAUGGAAAAGGGUCGUUUAGUUCAACAGCAACGACAAAAAAUAAUGGAAUAUUAUGAAAAGAAGGAAAAACAAGUCGAACUUCAACGAAAAAUUCAGCGUUCUAAUAUGCAAAAUCAAGGCCGUCUUCAGUGUUUAAAAGCUCGAGAUGAACAUGUUAAGAGUGUUUUAAAUGAGGCCCGUUCUAAUCUUUCAAAGAUUUCUGCUGAUCGAAAUCGUUAUCCGCCUAUUUUGAAAGGAUUAAUUUUACAGGGUCUUUUUCAAUUGUUGGAGAAACAAGUAGUAAUUCGUUGCCGUAAAAAUGAUGCUGAUUUGGUUGAGCAAUUGUUACCUGAAUGUAUCGAAGAAUUGCAAAAAGCUUGGGGUGAUACUUCACAGGUUUGUUGCUUUUUUAAAUAA